UCACGGUGACGUCACGGGUUGCCUAGCGAUGCGGCCUAGGGUCUGAGAGGGCGGCGUCGGAGCGGGAGUUCCCUCAGAGCCUGGCCCGAAGCGAUGCCGCCGCCGCUGCUGCUCCUGUCGGGAUGCCGCCGGGGCCUGUGAUGGACGAGUUCACGGCGCCGGCGGAGAAGAGCGGCUGCCUGGAGCGGAGCCGGGCCUCCAUCGAGCGCCUCUUCCGGGUGCGCCUCUGCAUCCUGGGGGCCCUCAACGGAGGCGGCUGGGACUCGGGCGGGGAGCAGCAGCAACAAGGCCCGGCCAAAGGGCGCCGCAUCUGGCUCAGCCUCCUGGGAGAGACCGGGGACGUUCGCAGCGCCAAGGAAUAUAUUAAAGGACUCUGUGAACCGGAAUUGGAAGAGAGGGAAUAUUAUCCCAAAGAGAUGCACUGUAUUUUUGUAGGCGCCCAGAACCUCUUCUUGAACUGCCUCAUUCAGAGAACCUCGGCUGAUGUCACUGUUGUAGAGAUAGGGACACUGAAUAUUAAGGGCGGUGCCGAACCUGUUGUGAUGGCUAGAAGUCACAUUCAACAGUUUGUGAGCCUCUUCAAAAACAAUGCAAGUAUAUCAAUUGGUGGGGAGUCAGAAGUGAAGAAAAGGUUCAAACAUCUUGUUGAAGCCCAUGCAGAUAAAUAUACUAUGGACUUGUUGAUCUUACCAAACUCAUUGAAGAGAGAGCUACUCAGCCUAGCACAGAAGGAGUCCUUCAAAGCAGAAGUUCCAAUCAUAGAUCUUGUCACUUUGGAAGGGACAUCAGAACUUUCCCCAAAUCAAAUGCAGCAAAGGCCUGGGAGAAACCAUGAUUGCAGAACAGGGAAGGAGGAAGAAAGAAAUAACGCCGGUACCCCUGUCACUGAGUUAGCAGACAGAAUGAAUGCUGUUUUCCCAGAUACUUCAGAAAGGCAUUUUUUACCUAUCAAUGGUAUGAGUCCACCAGAGACUUCUGCAGGCAAAGAGAGACAAUCGUGUAAAAGAAGGUCAUCGGAAGCUGAGGAGAGGCUUCCAAAGAAGCAGUUUUCUUUAGAAAACAAUCAGGAGAGCCAACGGAUUCCACCCGCUGCUUCAGCUGAUGAUGAUGUCGUGUUGAUUGAUUUAGUCACCAAUUCAAGUAAUGAGUUGGAUGACCCACAUGGAUGCACUAAAGAAGGUGACGAGAUAAGUGAGGAAAUGGAAUACAAGAUAUUGGUGAAUUUUUUCAAAAGUAUGGGCUACUCGCAACAAAUUGUAGAAAAGGUAAUCGCAGAACAUGGUCAGUUGGCUGAGCCGCUCUUGCUUCUGGAAGAAAUUGAAAAAGAAAGUAAAAAGGGUUCCAAGGACAAAAAUGAGGCUGUUGUUGCGCCUCAGACUGUGUGGGCCAAGAAGGAUAAAGGCAGUUCAAGCAGCCAAGGCCUGGGAUGUAUGCCAGAGCCUUCCAGAAAUGCAAAACAAAGUGUGGUAUCUGUUGGGCAAGCUCAGAGCAAGACUGAAGGAAAUACAUACAUGCCGAAAAGUGAAAACCAAACAGCUUUGUCCAGCAGCCAAAACCCACAGCACAAAGCAAGGGAUAUAGAAAGUGAUGGCUAUGUGAACCGUUGUAAUAAUGAGCAAUGGGUAUUGAAAGAUAAGAAACUAAAUGCUUCCGGCUUGGUGGCGAGGGGCAUCUCAGAGACACCACGUCCACCAAUUCCAAAAGGAACAGGGGUUGAACAAUCAUCCACCAAACACAAUCAACAGGGACAUUGCAAUCCUCUACAGCUUGGAGACAGACAUCUACCUUCUCAGACAUCCAAUCAGCUUCUGGAUUCUAGACUUCCUCCACAAUUAACAGGCUCUUAUCCUGAAAGAAGAGUAGGAGGAGCUUUGCCCAUUCAUCACACUGACCCUUCAGUCACUGGAAUCCAGAGGUUUCUAGAAUCCCUGAAUAUACCGUACAAGCUGGAAUUGAAAAAUGAACCAGGGAGGACCGACGUGAAAUACAUAGUAAUAGAUGGCAGCAAUGUGGCAAUGUCUCAUGGGCUACAGAAGUUCUUCUCAUGCCGGGGGAUUGCAAUUGCCGUGGAUUAUUUUUGGAAGCGAGGUCACAGGAAGAUUACCGUGUUUGUCCCACAAUGGCGAACGAGGAGAGAUUGUAAUGCCACAGAGCAGCACUUCCUGACCCAGCUCCAAGAUAUUGGGAUUUUGGCCCUCACUCCUGCUAGGGUUGUAUGUGGAGCCAGGAUCGCAUCUCAUGAUGACAGGUUUUUGCUGCAUCUUGCGGAGAAAACUGGAGGAGUCGUCGUUACCAAUGAUAAUCUCAGAGAAUUUGUGAAUGAAUCCCCUUCCUGGAGAGAAAUUAUUCAAAGGAGGCUCCUCCCGUACACUUUUGCUGGAGACUUUUUCAUGGUUCCGGAUGACCCCAUGGGACGGAACGGACCAGGAUUGGAACGUUUUCUUGAAGAGAGCGCCCACGGCAGAAACGUUCCACCCGCCUGUGGCCCUGCGAGCGGAGGCCUCUUUCCUUUGCCCAUGCCACAUUUUGUGAUGCAACCAGAGAGCAGUUCCCGCUCGACGGAGAACCGAUUGCCGGGCCUUGGGCCUCCGUUGCUGAAGUUCCCCCCCGCAUCUGCCCUCCCUCCGCAUCCGCGAUCGGCGACGGAAACCACCCACUUGAAAGAGGCCUUGCGGAAGAUCUUCCCUACCUCUGAGCAGAACGAGAAGAUUGAGGAGAUCCUCGCCCAGCAUCCCCACAUGCGGGACAUGAACGCUCUGUCCGCGAUGGUCCUGGACUUGGGCUGAUGGGCCGGACGCGACGCCCUUCGACGUUUACCAUUUGGACUGUGACCUUGACGUCGGGGCCACCUUCCAAGAGCCGAAACCUGAAAUCAUUUUUUUGUAUAAAAAAUGUUAAUAUUCAAAGGAUUUGCUGAUUUUUUAAAAUUCAGCUUGAGUUGCAUUGCUUUUAAAGAUUUGUAUUGAUGCGUCGUUUUCAAGGAAGAUUCUUUAUUCCUUCCUGGUUUGCGAAAGUUGUUUACAAAAGUGGAAGCGAGGUCUGCGGAAGAGAUCUUUUGGUUCUGUGAAAAUUCCAUGAUUGCAAUGGAAUAUACAAUCUUGAGUUUCUCAUUGUGGGAAGAAAUCGCCUGCGAAGAUGCCGAUUCAUCAGUGAGUAAACCAUGAUGGUUGCACAUCUUCCGAUUAGGCAAGAGUGCUCCGUCUUGGCCUCAAAAACUUUGCAGAUAGUUGCUUAGCAUAAGCCAAAGCUGUCCUUGCAGCAGCAAGUAGCCAUAGCAAAGCGCCUCCGAGAUGUCCAAGAAUCUAAACCAAAGGGCAUUGUGGUUGAUAAGGUUGGAUAAGAAUGGCUGGUUUUGUUCGCUAAAUUCCAGCAAAGGGACUUCUCAAGAGAGAGAAAAUGCAAAGGAAAUGUCUUGUGGCGCCUUAAAAGACAUUCAUGCUGCAAUAAAGUCCUACAAAAUCCAA